AUGGUCACGGAGAUCAACCGCCUCACAGAGAUGAAGGCACUGACAAGAAGACCUCUUCAAGAACUUGAGAGUGAAGAGAGAGUGGAGAGACAGGAAGAAGAAGACAGCAGCCAAGGAACAAAAUGGCUUACCACGAAAUUUGUCUUGAGAUUCAGGAACAAACGGUGGAACAGCAUUCUUGUUGUGCAUGUAGAUGACAUACAGGCAGCAGGCAAAAGUACCAGCGUUGAACCAAAGCUCAGGAAACUUGGUGAGACCUACGAACUCAAGGUAGAAGGCCCUUUCUUGACAGAACAGGAACCUGACAACAGGCAACCUUUGGACCAGGAAGAAGCAGCCUCAUUCAGGACACAGAAGUCCGUGAGCCUCGGUAGCGGAGAAGCAGAGUACUAUGCAGGAGCGAGUGCAGCCAGUGACAGCAUACUCUUGCAGGAAGCAAUCAAAUUUCUCACCAUGAGAACUUGCAAGGACCUCCACAAAGAAGGAACCAUCAGUGUGCGCCCUGUAGGACAGGAACAGUUUCUGAACAUGAGUGCAUGUGCAGUAGGAACAGUCAUGUCGAGGCACAAGGCCAUUAGGAAUGGCACGUUCGAGCGGAUCUUCGUCUUCAGAUCUGCGACAGAUAAAGGAAAGGUGAUCGACGACAUCUACGUGAACACUGCAGAGGAGAACUUCGCCGAGAAGGACAUGGUUUACGAGCUCAACAAGGACUUCGAGCACUACGGCGAGAACGAGAACGAGUACUACACGCAAAGCUAUACAGGACCAGAAAAGGAGGACGACAACCCAAGGAGAAACAAGGAGAAGGCAAAGGAGAAGGAAAAGGAAAUGGAAGGAUUCGAGUACCCGCGCGACUACGGCCAGGAAUGGAAGUAUUUUACCGAAGGAGGUCAAAUCUACAAGAUGCACUACGUCACACAGGAAAAGAUCUGGGUCGACUACGACUACACCUACAAGCACGAGAAAGGCCGAGGAAAAGAAAAGAAGGAAGGAAAAGGAAAGAGGAACCAAAAGGAGAAAGCAACACCAGGAUUUGUUCCCAGAGACGAGGAAGGCAAGCAGUACUGGGAAGAGAUGGACAGGCAGAUUAAAGAGAAGGAACAGAUGAAGGAACAGGAGGCAGCACAAAAGAAAGAGAAAGAAGAGCGCAUUGAAGCCGAGAGGAAAAGGAUGGAAGAAGCACCCGCAACAGCAGAAGAGAAAGAAGCAGAGGAAGCCGCAGCAGCAGAGAAGGAAGCAGAAGAAGCAGCCAAGGCAGCAAAAGAGGCAAAGGAGCAGGAGAAGAAAAGAAAGGAGAAGGAAGCAAGGAAGAAAAGAGAGCAACAACAAAAGGAAGCAGCAGCUUACGUGGCACGCAAGAAGGAAGAGAACGAAGCAGAGGAAGCAGCCGCAGCAGAAGAGAAGGAAGCAGAGGAAGCAGCACCAGCAGAGGAAGAAGACACCAGGAUCAAGAAGCUGGAGGAGAUGAUGGAAAGGCUACUGGAAGAAAGGAAGGAAGACAAGAGCAGGAUCGCACACCUCCAGCAGGAACUGGAAAGCAGAGGAUCGCAAGCACCAGCAGAGGAAAGAGAAGAAGAGGAAGUGCAAGGAAAAGACGCAGGAGAGCAGCAGCACACAGGUGAGCAAGACGAGAAGGAGCAGUUUGAAGAGGAAAAGGACACAGAAGAGGAUGAGAUUGGUCCAAGCGACCCAAAGAGCUACAGGAAAGGUGCAGGAAGAAAUUCCCAGGAAGGAUCGUACUUCGCAAUCUACAGCUUCGAGAAUGUGAACUACCAAUGGAAAUGGGUUGAGAAGAACAAGUACUGGUACUACUGGGACAUGAGCACAAAGAAGUGGAUUCGCCAAGCAAAGGACAACAAAGGAAAGGAAAAGAGCCUCAAGCAGCAGAAGGACCAUGAAGAGUGGCUAGAAGGACAGAAGCAGAAGCAACAGGAUCAGGAAGAACUGCUAAAAGGACAGAAGCAGCAGAAAGAAGAGGCAAGCAGCAGCAGCAAAG